AUGCCCUUGAUGGCUGCCAUGAAUGAAACACAAAAGCGGGGACACUUUUCUAGCCCGAGCAGCUCUUGGCAGGCAGAGGCGGUCCGAGGAGUUCAGAUUGCUGCCACCCUGUUAAUUUUCCUGGUGGGCGUACCUUUAAACAUGCUAGUGGUUUGGGCACUUGGACAAAGACGACGCUAUUUGAGUCGCAGAGGCAGCAAGGAAGAGACACGCUCUGCGACCAGUUUUCGAAUCUACGUCCUUAACCUGGCGUUGGCAGACCUGGUGCUGAUACUUCGGACGCCCCUCAUGUUGGGAUACCUCGCCCACAACAACAGCUGGCCAUUUGGUUUUUCCCUUUGCCGCCUCGUCAUGUUCCUGCGAGGCUUAGGGUUGUAUGUUUCGGCCUUUCUUGUCUGCGCUGUGGCCUUGGAAAGAUGCCUGUGUCUACUGCGGCCCGUGUGGGCUCGACUGCGCCGCCCCGCCUGGGCUGUUCCUUUGGCAUGUGGCUUGUGUUGGCUGCUGGCCACUACCCUAUCUGCCCCCUACCUGCACAGUGCUGUUUUGAAGGAAUAUAACAACACCCUCCAAUGUCUGGAAAGUGGAAAGUUUGACAUGGGGCUUUUUAUCACAGAGACCGUAGCAGGCUUCAUAUUGCCCCUGCUGGUGUUUUUGGGAAGUAAUUCAGCAAUUUUGCUUACUAUUCAACAGUCGGCACCAAUUAGUCCAACCUCUCCCUCCCCUUCAGUUUCACGCAAAAUGACCAGGAUGUAUCAAGUGCUCUUUUUUACGAUGCUGCUCUUUCUCAUUUGCUGGGUACCCUACUUUGUGUGCCGAUUCCUGCGGGCCCUGGCUGAAGGACAACCUGAUAAGGUUGCUCUAUAUAAAAGGGCAUAUUAUGGAAGCUACAUCUCACUGUACCUAGUAUACAUCAAGAGUGCCCUUAACCCCGUACUCUAUGUAUUUGCCGCCCGAGGCCUCGGCCGGGCAGUCCGAGCUUCAGUCACCUCUACCAUUGAUCGACUCUUCAAUGAUGAUUCCACCGAGACCAUUAGAAAGAAAUCUCUCAAAAAAUCCCAGAUUUAG